AUAGAUGGUACUUUUACAACAGUUAUAAUGGCUUGGCCUGACGUCAAAGAAAAGGGCUUCCUCCCUGACACGGUCAGAGUAGGAGCCUAUCUCAUAUGGUGGAUUUUCAUGAUCAGAGCUUCUGCGGUUUACGUUUUCGUAAUUACUUUGACUAUUGUACUGAGCCAUCAGUAUAAGAACUUACAAAGCUAUUUCUGUAAUCUUGAAGAGGUUUUUAUAACAAAUAAUAAUGAUAUGGAUGGAAAAGAGAAGGAAUAUGAAAGUGGUUUGAAAAUUGGUAUUGCUUUACACGCCGAAACUAUGUGGUGUGUCAAAGAAUGCCAAAGAAUUUGUAGAUGGGUGUUCAGUGGCCAGAUUACUAUUAACUUAACUGUAUUUUGCAUGCUCAUGUUACAAAUGGUGAACUCGGAGCGCACUUUGGUUAACGCUUUAGCGACACUGUCGACUAGUCUCGCCCUCCUUGUCAGCACUGGGUUCUUUAUGUGUAACGCUGGAGAUGUAACUGUUGAGGCAUCAAUUUUACCAACCGCAAUAUUCUUUUCGGGCUGGCAUCACUGCCGCGGUGAAUCCUCUAUACGCGUGAGGAACCUGAUCAUAUUUGCCAUUGCGCAAAGUCAGAAACCAGUCGUGAUGCGCAGCUUCAAUGUUAUAGAAAUGUCUUACAGAUCUUAUGUUUCGAUAGUGAAAUCGUCAUACUCCGUGUUUUCAAUCUUGUAUUGA